CCGGGGAGGUCGGCGGCGGCGCCGCAGUCGUGGAGGGGCACUGGGAUCGUAGGCGGCCGCGGGCGACGCAAGUUCCGCACGGAGCCCGUCUCUUCUCGCCUCACGCUUCUUCCUCUCUCCUAGUUGCGCGCUGCCUCCCGACGGCCGCUCUUCCUGACGAGAGCUUUCGGAGUGCGGUUGCUGAGGAGAAGCCGUCACCACCCCGCCUCGGGGCCGAGUGAGGGUUCCUGUCGCGCCGCGUCGCCCCCUGCGCCGCCUCCUUGCCCUCAGUGGCGGGCGCCCUUCUCGCUGGAAGCAUUCUCCCCAGCUCCAUGAAUGGAAAUCGGCUCCGCAGGACCUGUUGGGGCCCAGCCCCUACUCAUGGUGCCCAGAAGACCUGGCUAUGGCACCAUGGGCAAACCCAUUAAAUUGCUGGCUAACUGUUUUCAAGUUGAAAUUCCAAAGAUUGAUGUCUACCUCUAUGAGGUAGAUAUUAAACCAGACAAGUGUCCUAGGAGAGUGAACAGGGAGGUGGUUGACUCAAUGGUUCAGCAUUUUAAAGUAACUAUAUUUGGGGACCGUAGACCAGUUUAUGAUGGAAAAAGAAGCCUUUACACAGCCAAUCCACUUCCUGUGGCAACUACAGGGGUAGAUUUAGAUGUUACUUUACCUGGGGAAGGUGGAAAAGAUCGACCUUUCAAGGUGUCAAUCAAAUUUGUCUCUCGGGUGAGUUGGCACCUACUACAUGAAGUACUGACAGGACGGACCUUGCCAGAGCCACUGGAAUUAGACAAGCCAAUCAGCACUAAUCCUGUCCAUGCCGUUGAUGUGGUGCUACGACAUCUGCCCUCCAUGAAAUAUACGCCUGUGGGGCGUUCCUUUUUCUCAGCUCCAGAAGGAUAUGACCACCCUCUGGGAGGGGGCAGGGAAGUUUGGUUUGGAUUCCAUCAGUCUGUUCGGCCUGCCAUGUGGAAAAUGAUGCUUAAUAUUGAUGUUUCUGCCACUGCCUUCUACAAAGCACAACCUGUAAUUCAGUUCAUGUGUGAAGUUCUUGACAUUCAUAAUAUUGAUGAGCAGCCAAGACCUCUGACUGAUUCUCAUCGGGUAAAAUUCACCAAAGAGAUAAAAGGUCUGAAGGUUGAAGUGACUCAUUGUGGAACAAUGAGACGGAAAUACCGUGUUUGUAAUGUAACAAGAAGGCCUGCCAGUCAUCAAACCUUUCCUUUACAGUUAGAAAAUGGCCAAACUGUGGAGAGAACAGUAGCACAGUAUUUCAGAGAAAAGUAUACUCUUCAGCUGAAGUACCCACACCUUCCCUGUCUGCAAGUGGGGCAGGAGCAGAAACAUACCUAUCUGCCACUAGAAGUCUGUAAUAUUGUGGCAGGGCAACGAUGUAUCAAGAAGCUAACGGACAAUCAAACCUCCACUAUGAUCAAAGCAACAGCAAGAUCUGCACCAGAUAGACAAGAGGAAAUUAGCAGAUUGGUAAGAAGUGCAAAUUAUGAAACAGAUCCAUUUGUUCAGGAGUUUCAAUUUAAAGUUCGGGAUGAAAUGGCCCACGUAACCGGACGCGUACUUCCAGCACCUAUGCUCCAGUAUGGUGGCCGGAAUCGGACAGUAGCAACACCAAGCCAUGGAGUAUGGGACAUGCGAGGGAAACAGUUCCACACAGGAGUUGAAAUCAAAAUGUGGGCUAUAGCUUGUUUUGCCACACAGAGGCAGUGCAGAGAAGAAAUAUUGAAGGGUUUCACGGACCAGCUGCGUAAGAUUUCUAAAGAUGCAGGGAUGCCCAUCCAGGGCCAGCCUUGCUUCUGCAAAUACGCACAGGGGGCAGACAGCGUGGAGCCCAUGUUCCGGCAUCUCAAGAACACGUACUCUGGGCUACAGCUCAUUAUUGUCAUCCUGCCAGGGAAGACACCAGUGUAUGCGGAGGUGAAACGUGUUGGAGAUACACUUUUGGGUAUGGCUACACAGUGUGUUCAAGUCAAGAAUGUAAUAAAAACAUCCCCUCAAACUCUCUCAAACCUGUGCCUAAAGAUAAAUGUUAAACUUGGAGGGAUCAAUAAUAUUCUUGUACCUCAUCAAAGACCUUCUGUGUUCCAGCAACCAGUGAUCUUUUUGGGAGCAGAUGUCACUCAUCCACCAGCUGGUGAUGGGAAGAAGCCUUCUAUUGCUGCUGUUGUAGGUAGUAUGGAUGCCCACCCAAGCAGAUACUGUGCUACAGUAAGAGUUCAGAGACCCCGACAGGAGAUCAUCCAGGACCUUGCCUCCAUGGUCCGAGAACUUCUCAUUCAGUUUUAUAAGUCAACUCGGUUCAAACCUACUCGUAUCAUCUUUUAUCGGGAUGGUGUUUCAGAGGGACAGUUUAGGCAGGUAUUAUAUUAUGAACUACUAGCAAUUCGAGAAGCCUGCAUCAGUUUGGAGAAAGACUAUCAACCUGGAAUAACUUACAUUGUAGUUCAGAAGAGACAUCACACUCGAUUAUUUUGUGCUGAUAGGACUGAAAGGGUCGGAAGAAGUGGCAAUAUCCCAGCUGGAACAACAGUUGAUACAGACAUUACACACCCAUAUGAGUUUGAUUUUUACCUCUGUAGCCAUGCUGGAAUACAGGGUACCAGCCGUCCUUCACACUAUCAUGUUUUAUGGGAUGAUAACUGCUUUACUGCAGAUGAACUUCAACUGCUAACUUACCAGCUCUGCCACACUUACGUGCGCUGCACACGAUCUGUUUCUAUACCUGCACCAGCGUAUUAUGCUCACCUGGUAGCAUUUAGAGCCAGAUAUCAUCUUGUGGACAAAGAACAUGACAGUGCUGAAGGAAGUCACGUUUCAGGACAGAGCAAUGGACGAGAUCCACAAGCUCUUGCCAAGGCUGUACAGAUUCACCAAGAUACCUUACGCACAAUGUACUUUGCUUAAAAAGUCUAAGAAUAUUCUCUGAGAGGAAGAACUGGAAGAUGAAUCAACAUACAACUUAUGUUUCCAGUGGAGUCAGCUGAGUGGGGAUGCCUCCAGCCAUACAGAAACCAACACUGUGUGGGGGCCAGGAUGCUGAUCUCCCCUUGUUGCAGGCAGUUUGGGCUUUUCCAGCUCAUCACUAACAUGGAUGAGAUCUAUCUUAGUUUUAUAGGAUAAUGAGAAUUACAAGUACUGAAAAGUUGGGGAGAUUCAUGCUUGGGAAAUGAACAAAAAAUCCACCUUGCUGGGUGAGAUAGCUGAGAACAUUGGAUAUAUCAGGAAUACUUUUACUUAAACAAUUUUUGCUGUAAUGUGUAGCUUUAAUAUCUGUCUUCAGUUAUGGACCCCAUGAAAGUAUUACUGUAUCUUGUGAAUAAAGAUCAUUCUUGUGAACUAGUAUAUGGAUGCAUUCAUAGGCUGUGGGAAGCAGUGAUGUGUGUAUGUGUGUGUGUGUGUGUGUGUGUGUGUGUGUGUGUGUAUAAAUAUUCUAUGUUUAUAACACUGUGUAUUACAUAAGUUUAUAUAGAAAAAAUAAUGUGUUUCUUUAGUGUUUGGGGGACUAAAAUUGUAAUAUAACCAUUCCAGUGUAAUCUGACCACUCAGUCUAGAGAACAUUUGUAUUACACACAAAUACACACCCCUAAAGCAUUGCUAACUGCUCCCACUUGAGAUAAUUGCUGCUUUUUUUUUAAGCCCGAAGUAGUGGACAGGAAAUAGCACUCUUUUAAAAGGGGCUUUUCUGAAAAGUAAAAUGUAAAUGUAGGACAUGUGGGGAGGUGGGGCCUCCUGCAAAUGCCCUGCAGAUGGACAAAUAGCCUUUUAAAUUUUACUUUUUAACCAUCUUAACCGUGUGUGCCUAUUUGUACUGCAGAUGUGAAAUAUUUUGGGGAGUUAAUAUCAGUAUGUUUUGAAACUGAAUUAUUACAUAAAAUCAGAGUAACCUCUUUCUCCAUCCUCCUUUUCCACACUGACUCUUCUUGCCAAAUAUACCAAGUUUCAGCAUGGUAAAAUGAUGGACACUCAAACCUCCUUCCUCAUCUUCCCUAUCCUGUCUUACACCUGGUCUGGCCUUAUAUUUUUUGUUGGCUUUUCAUAAGUAAGAACAAUUUACUGUAGUACUUUAGAGACUGCAGAAUUUCAAAAUGUUUAUAAGCCUUCCUUUGUUAAUGUUUGGUUACACGAUAACAUUAGUUAAAACAAUGGAGUAAGUCUGAGUUUGUAAUAUGCUACAAGAUAAAAUCUUGAGUGAUAUUAAACUUGACUGCCACAUUUUAUUAAGAGGAAAUUGGAUUAUAUGGUGGGUGGGAGCUAGUCUAUGAUAUAUAUGUAAUCACUGUAUAAUUAGAAACACCAAAUGUUGAGUCCUAUCACUGUGUACUUGGGGGCCAGGCUUUGGAUAUGGUUGUCAUUUUAAUUCCUCAAAGACUAUAUGUCAUUAAGAUGAGCAGAAGGCAAAUAAAGUUUUUAAACAAAACUACUUUUGGGGGGUAUUUAAAUUUUCUUUCCCCAAAAAAAAUUUACUACAAAAAAACCUAGGGUUGAGACUGAGAAGCUUCAAGCCGCUUUUUAAGCAGUUCAGUCACUUACAAUAUUUUAUGUUAAAGAAAUUGUCAUAAUUCUUUCUGAGCCAAACUGUCACUAAAAUGUCCUGUGACAGAACCACUCCUCUUUUUUCUGCCAUUCUGUGUAUUGGAAGUGUUCUUAGUUGUAUUUGUUUUUAAUCCUUGAUUUUAAAAUAUUAAUGGUUUUAGUGUUGCUUAGCUUCAGUUUGAAGUGUAACUUUCACUAAUAACUGCAAUAAAAAGAAAAGCUUUGCUCCAAA